GUUUAUGUUUCAUUUCUUUUAAUUAACAGACUUCUUGCUUGCGUUCAAACAUCUUCCUAAGAAAACGAACCCAGCAGCGAGGUCGACUAAUUCAGAUAUAAUGAUCAUUCGCAUCAGCCUGUGCUUCAGCUGGGCCCUUUUAGCGUGGGCGAGCUAUGCAGGAGUGUAUGCACGACCUGUUCGGCUGGACUCUGGUAGUCAUUACAGUGACCCCAUCGUCAAGAUGGGAGGCUGGAAACAGGCAGCCGCCGGGCAAGGCGUCGUGCGGCCGCACGUGGUCUGCGUCCGCGUCACCAUGACUGCUGCGAACCCAUACCCGACACAAGGCGGGCGGGCUGCAUUUCCAGAGGCUCUAGCAGCAUUCUCUCCUGCGUUCUGCCAAAGGGUGCAAGCCCGCAUGAUUGCGGAACUAGACGAGGUCGCCAAGUCGCUGGGGGUUGCGGUCGUCUCGCCCUUUGCUCCCGGUGACUGCAAUUCCGAGGCGGCUGUAAGCGGUGGUGGUGCUAGCAGCAAGGUGGCUGCGGCCACCACCGGCCGCUCUUGGACGGCCAGGCUCGCGGCCGCCCUCACAACACGCACGGCUGCGGUGGCUGCUGACGAGGCGAAGAGUGGAACCACCACAAUGACCACCACCACGACCACCACCACCACGACAACCACAACCAUGACAUCCGCCAGUGCCACCACGACGGCCGCGACAAAGCCAGUGACAUCUCGCGUCUCGGUGGCUGUGUGCGGUCAAUUGAACGAGGGUUUGGCCGCUGCGACGGCACUGCAGCUACACCUCCAGGAUGUCGCGGAGCAUUACUACGCGCCCAUGCUGCUUGGAGCCCAGCAAUCACAAGAGCAGUCCGUGGCUGGUGGCGGCGCCGCCACGACAGCAGGCCGCAACAAGAGGGCGGCGCAAUGCCCAGCUGCUGUUUCCACUACGCUGGCACUGGAGCUGGUUCGUGACCCCGGGCUUCCGUCAGAGUGCGUUGGCCGUGUGCAUGAAGCCACAUGCGCCGACGUGGUGGCCGAGGCCGCAGUGGCAGAAGCGUCGGUUGCCAUCGCCGUUGCGGCUAUGGCGGCGCUAGACGACUGAGAAGCAGCGUUGCGCCCUGGACAAGGGCUUGCUGUAGUGUAUCUAUCUACAGCUAGACUGCCUGUAAAUUUACAUGACAAACUUGUUGUAAUUCAUGACUGUUCGUGUGCGGCUGGCCUGGUACAGGCAGUCUGCGGCGCCGGACAGAUACGGCAUUUAUGAUAUUGCGUUCAAAGGUGGACGCGCGGUAGUUAUGUUAGUUGCGUUGUGUGUGCAGAGUAUGUGCAGAGUAUGGAGGGCAGGUGGAUGCUGUCUGUUGUAUAGCGGGCUUCUACUGAGCCGCUACACAUCAAUCACUCUGUCGCGGGAUCUGACAACUAUCUGAUCUGACUUUUAUACCGUACUGCCAAGAAGGUUUGGUGAUCCAAAGUUCGGGGACAGCCCACGAAGUUGAGUGCCGAAACAAUUGCAGCUUAUUCUUACGGAAACUCUCUCGAAAGUUAAUACCACAAGCACCAAUUUCCCGUGUGGCGCGCACUGUCGCGCGCGACACUGCUGCGCGGGAGACUGCCGCGCGGGGGGCGAAAUUAUUCCAGCAACAACUCAAUACCGUACUAAUUAUACGGAGGGACUGGGAGCGCGGGGGACUCCGGAGAGACUCCGGGGAGACGUCGGGGAACCCCCCUGCCCCCCAAGACCCCCCGCACGCCAAGGGCUGUACGGCAGUGGUAGGCCUGUCGGACUGUGAAUUUGCCAAAACUGAAAUGGACCCGGGUUGCUGAUACCAGCGCAAUGGCAUGUGCGCGGUGUAAACUGGCAUCCGCGCCGCCCGUACUCUCUGCUCCACUAUUUGUACGGCCUUCUGCGCCAAUUCCGGCAGUUCUCACUACCUCCUUUCUCGGGAGUAGCACAACACUCUCACCUGCAAGCUACCGUAACUCCCACCCACGUUGUAUAUGUACAAAUCAGCUCAGCCUCACCGUACCCCGCAUAGGGUCUGCGGCGCUACUACUACCACAUACGUACAAAUGGCCCUACCUGCCGCGUCAUCACAAUCGGCUACAGCCGCACGACAUGCAUCAUGCACGUGCACAUACAGCCGGCGCCCUCAAUGAUGCGGGUAACAGUAGAGGACCCCGCGCACAGUGCUGGCGCGCGCCGUGGCACCGUUCUCCGGCCGCUUCAUAGACGCGCACGGCCCAAUGGUGGUGCCAUUGCGUCGAUAGAGCUUCACGCUGUACUUCUGGGCACACGCUCCCAUGAAACCGGGCACCACCUCCUGCACAUCAGGCACGCACAGCGGCAAAGCUACAUGAGUCUCCUUGAUUUGUGUUUGUGGAAAGUCUGCUUCGAGUGAGGCCGGUCCUGACACAUACAGCGAAGGCACUUGAGUACGGCAUGGGAUUUGUUGGUGGAAUGCAGUGAUUCUACGCCUCACAAAUACAUAAUAGGGGGCGGGUGUUGUUUCUCUGGGUCGAAGAUGGCCCCUCGCGGCGUGGGUACGGCGUGCCCCCGCUUGUCGGGCUGUCCCUUCACUUGCAAUCCGCAUC